AUGGACUCUCUGGGCAGCGGAAACAUCGACAUCUCCCAGAUGUCAGAUGCCGAAAAGAAGGACCUGCAACAAUUCGUCGUCAACGAGUCGCAAAAGGCGCGCAUUCAACAAUCCAUCCACUCCCUCACAGACACCUGUUUCCGCAAGUGCAUCACCGGCAAGAUUUCCUCGGGCAAGCUGGACAGAAGCGAGGAGCCCUGCAUGCAGAACUGCGUCGACCGCUUCAUGGAUGCAAACCUCGUCGUCAUCAAGAACUUGGAGCAGAUGAGAACGCACAUGUAA